UGUUGUAAAACAUAUUUUAGACACGUAUAAAGAAAAUAAGAAUGACUCCUUUUAUUCUUGACACGUUUUCAUUUUGAUUCCAGAGUUGCUUGUUUCGAUGGUAUAAGCAUUUACAAAAGAGAUUUGAAUACACUAAAUGAUAACAGUUGGGUAUGCGACACCAUCGUAGACGUCCUGUUAAGGUACUACUGUAAAUUAGCAGAAAAAAGAAAUGCAAAAUAUUUCGCAUUUAGCAAUUUUUUCAACAGAAACUGUUAAUAGAUGGACCUCUAGGAGAAAGACCGCUGAGAUUAUCAGGAUGUUUCAUUUCAAGAGUGGGGAUGUACACACCUGAAGAAAUGAAUAAAUAUGAAUGUGUGCUAGUGCCAAUAUGUGACAUGCUGCAUUGGUGGCUCAUUGCAUACAAUAUUAGAGCAGGCAAACUCUAUGUGUUAUGCAGUAUGGGGUGGCAAAAAAGUGAAGUUGCAUCCAGUAUACGAAGAUAUUUUCAGCAUGUGAGGCAAGAGCAAAGAUGGCCAGAAGACAUUGCUCAAAUUUCCCAACCUAUAUAUGCCGACGUGAUGCAACAAGCAAAUGGUUAUGAUUGUGGCAUAUUCGUGACAGAAUUUGCGAGAAGAAUAACAGAGGGGGGAGAAGUUGGUCCUGGAUUACUUGAUGAUAUCCAUAAACUAUAUGGGUAA